AUGCAUCUUUCUACUGCCAUCAUCACCUUUGCUCUUAGCCUGGUCGUCUCUUCUGAGAGUCUUGUCCGCCCCUGCGGCCUUGAAUUGGAACGAUGCCAGACAGGAUGGAUCUGUCAGAGACUUGAGCGAUCGCCCACCGGCGAGGGAAUCUGUGUUCGACUUCCUCUACAUGUUCCCCUUCCCAUACGGACAACGCUUGUCACCUCACGGGCAACAACAACAACCACAACAACAACAACAACAACACCGAAACCAACACCGACAUUUCAGUCUUGCGGUGGCUUUCGCGUGAACCCUGCCACCUGCCCCAAAGGUCAGAUUUGCGUGGACAAUCCUUACGUGGAGGGAUGCGGUAUGGCUUGUGACAAACCGGGAAUCUGCGUUGACCCUGGCGAGUUUUGCGGAGGCUUUGCUGGCUUCCGGUGCAAGGGUGACAGAGUCUGUAUCGAUGAUCCGCGCGAUGACUGCGAUCCUGGCAACGGCGGUGCCGAUUGCGGCGGUAUCUGUGUCUAA